CCCACUUCCAGCCCCCGCCCCCCGCACCGCCCCGGCGCAGAGAGGUGGAAGAACCUGGGACUCCGCGGACGCCGCAUUUAGAAAGCCAGAGAAACUGAGUCCCACGUAAGCACCGGUGAGGGCUGCUUCCUUCCACCCACAGACCUGGCCUUUAGGCUGCUCCCAAGCCAAUGAACCCCAUGAACCCCAUGAAACCUGCCCUGCCCCCCGCGCCACACGGUGAUGGUCCAUUCGCUUAUGAGGCGGUGCCUUGGCAACAAAGUGCCAGUCAGCCAGCAGGAUCGCUGUCUGUGGUCACAACCGUGUGGGGAGUCGGCAACGCGGCACAGAGCCAGGUUUUGGGGAACCCCAUGGGCCCAGCGGGGAGCCCCCCCGGCAGCUCCAUGAUGCCCGGCGUGGCAGGCGGCAGCUCGGCCCUGAACUCCCCGCAGUGCCUCGGGCAACAGGCAUUCGGUGAGGGUGGCACCAACAAGGGCUACGUGCAGCAAGGGGUGUACAGCCGCGGGGGCUACCCCGGGGGCCCCGGCUUCACCACCGGGUAUGCAGGCGGCCCGGGGGGGCCGGCGGGCCUGGGCCUCCCCUCACAUGCUGCUCGGCCCUCCACUGACUUCACGCAAGCGGCGGCGGCGGCUGCUGUGGCUGCUGCUGCCGCCACGGCCACCGCCACGGCCACAGCCACUGUGGCCGCCCUCCAGGAGAAGCAGAGCCAGGAGCUGAGCCAGUACGGAGCGAUCGGGGCUGGACAGUCUUUUAACAGCCAGUUCCUGCAGCACGGAGGUCCCCGGGGGCCCAGCGUCCCCAGCAGCAUGAACCCUGCCAGCGUGGGAGGGCUGAUGGGCCCCUCCGGCAUGAGCCCCAUGGGCAUGAACCCCACCCGGGCAGCGGGCAUGGCGCCCCUGUAUACAGGGCAGCGCCUGCCCCAGCAUGGGUACCCUGGGCCUCCCCAGGCCCAGGCACUCCCCCGACAGGGCGUCAAGAGAGCCUACUCCAGUGAGGUUUAUCCUGGGCAGCAGUACCUGCAAGGAGGCCAGUAUGGGCCCAGCGCCACCCAGUAUGCACCUGGCCCUGGCCAGCCCCCUGCCCCCUCCUCCUACCCUGGGCACAGGCUGCCCCUGCAGCAGGGCGGGGGCCAGUCCCUGCCCACGUCGGGCCCCGCAGGACUGCACUACAAGCCUGCAGACCAGUUCAAUGGGCAGGGGGCCAGCUUCAACGGGGGCAGCGUCAGCUGCAGUCAGCCCAGCCUGAGUUGGCCUGCUCGUUCCAUCCCCGGCUACCCCAGCUCCCCACUGCCAGGGAGCCCCACGCCGCCCAUGACCCCUGGCAGCAGCGUUCCCUACAUGUCCACCAGCCAAGAGGUCAAAUCUCCUUUCCUGCCCGACCUCAAGCCCAGCGUGAGCAGCUUGCACCCGUCACCCCCUGGCAGCGGCCCCUGUGACGAGCUGCGGCUGACCUUCCCCGUGCGGGAUGGGGUGGUCCUCGAGCCCUUCCGCCUGCAGCACAACCUGGCCGUGAGCAACCACGCCUUCCAGCUCCGCGACUCUGUCUACAAGACCCUGAUGCUGAGGCCUGACCUGGAGCUGCAGUUCAAGUGCUACCACCACGAGGACCGGCAGAUGAACACCAACUGGCCGGCCUCGGUGCAGGUCAGCGUCAACGCCACCCCGCUCACCAUUGAGCGUGGUGACAACAAGACCUCCCACAAGCCCUUAUACCUGAAGCAUGUGUGCCAGCCGGGCCGCAACACCAUCCAGAUCACCGUCACGGCCUGCUGCUGCUCCCACCUCUUCGUGCUGCAGCUGGUGCACCGGCCCUCCGUCCGCUCGGUGCUGCAGGGUCUCCUCAAGAAGCGCCUCCUGCCUGCUGAGCACUGCAUCACCAAGAUAAAGCGGAACUUCAGCAGCGGCACCAUCCCUGGCACCCCUGGGCCCAACGGAGAGGACGGGGUGGAGCAGACAGCCAUCAAGGUGUCACUCAAGUGCCCCAUCACCUUCCGCAGAAUCCAGCUCCCUGCCCGAGGUCACGACUGUCGCCACAUACAGUGCUUCGACCUAGAGUCGUAUCUACAGCUCAACUGUGAGCGAGGGACCUGGAGGUGCCCCGUGUGCAACAAGACAGCGUUGCUGGAGGGCCUGGAGGUGGACCAGUACAUGCUGGGCAUCCUCAUUUACAUUCAGAACUCCGACUACGAGGAGAUCACCAUCGACCCCACGUGCAGCUGGAAGCCAGUGCCUGUGAAGCCUGACGUGCACAUCAAGGAGGAGCCAGACGGGCCGGUGCUGAAGCGCUGUCGCACCGUCAGCCCCGCCCACGUGCUCAUGCCCAGCGUGAUGGAGAUGAUCGCUGCCCUGGGCCCCAGUGCUGCUCCCUUUGCCCCCCUGCAGCCCCCCUCAGCUCCUGCCCCCAGCGAUUACCCCAGCCAGGGUUCCAGCUUCCUGGGGCCAGGGACCUUCCCCGACUCCUUCCCGCCCACCACGCCCAGCACCCCGACCCUUACUGAGUUCACCCCAGGGCCACCUCCUGCCUCCUAUCAAUCCGACAUUCCCAGCAGCAUCCUGACGCCAGAGAAGUCUGCCGCCUGCCUCCCAGGCCAGAUGGCACCAGCAGGUCACCUGGACCCGGCCCAUAACCCCGGGCCACCAGGGCUGCACGCUCCCAACCUUGGCGGCCCCCCAGGGCCCCAGCUGCACCAUCCAAACCCUCCCCCCGUGUCCCGGCAGCCCCUGGGCCCAGUGAACUCGGGUCCCAUCGGCGAGCUGGCCUUCAGUGCUACCACAGGCAUGAUGGGCCCCCCCAUGUCUGGGGCAGGGGAGGCCCCAGAACCAGCCCUGGAUCUGCUCCCGGAACUGACCAACCCCGACGAGCUGCUGACCUACUUGGGCCCACCCGACCUCCCCACAAACAACAAUGACGACCUGCUCUCCCUCUUCGAGAACAACUGAUCCUGCUCACCCCCGGCUGGCGGGGACAUGCCCACAGAUGUCACACACCUGCCCCCAGCCCAGCCCACCUGACACCAGCGGCCCUCCCCGCGCGCACACCUGGAGCCUGGGCCCCCCCGGAGCUGGAGGCAGCCCUGCGCGGGGAGGGAGGGGACCCCCGGCAGGGGCACGCGCUGGCCCGGUUAGCCGGCAGAACUGUUUGUGCUGAGCUGCCCGACCCUGCCCCCGGCCAGCCCCCCCCGGUCCAUGACACACCUGGCGCCCCUGACCUCUCAGCCUUGCCCCGGGUUCCCCCGCCCCUGCCUGCUCCCACCGGCCUGCAUCUUGUCCAGUGUUGACCUUUCUAUUUCAAUGGCCCCUGGGCCCUGGCCGGCGGGGAGCAGGGCCGCUCUGUCCUGCGGCCUGAUCUCACCCUGCCUGCUGUGUGCUGUGGCUGGUGGGGUCCGUCUGCCCACCUGAGGCUUCGGGCUGAGGCUGGGGUGGGGGCUCUAAAGCACAACAGUGUACAUAGUGUAGGAACACUAACAGAUGUAGGUGGCUGGUCCGUCCGUGCAGCCAGGGUCUCUGGGCUGGGGCUCCUGCCAGCGCCAGAGUGCAGGGGGCAGCAAGCCCCGCUGCCUGGGGACGGGGCUCAGACACCACUCCACGUGCAGACUCUCCAGCGGCUGCUCCCCCAACUUCCCCUUUUCUGUGAAAGUGAAGAAUUGGUCCCGCUGUGUUUUUUAAACCAUCUCCCUGUGUCCACCCUGGGGCCAUGCCAGGUGGGGGAGGAGGAGCUGCCGCUCUCCUCGGUGCAGGGCCUAGUCGUGUCCCCUGUCUGCCUGUCUCUAUUAAAGGACUCCCUCAUGGUGGGCUUGGCCAGUC